UCCGCAGACCGCGCGUUCCGCGCACCAAGUCGUUGUCCCUGAUCAGUGCUAGCAAUUAGGCAAUCCCGAAUUUAAGCAAAAUUAACCGUUUUUUUCGCACCAAAUUCCAAGUAAUCUCAUCCUCAGACGGCAGACAAGCUGUCAUAACAGCAGUGUAACUAAAUUGCGUUCAAACCAGCUCAAGUGUACCGAGUCCCAACCAAGGAGCUAGCGUCAAGGCAAGGGGAACCGAGCAAAACCACGAUCACCGAUUAGCACUCGUUGCCGUCGUGAGGGGCAGCGCAUCGCUUUUCAUUUGCCUUCUGUCCAGCCAAAGAUGGCCGGUAGCAAGUGGCACGACCAGGUAUCAAGUGGGGUGGGUGGCGCUGGGGGUGUGUCGGACGGGUCGGAAGGUCGUGAAGGGGCGUUGGGUAGUGCCGAGCGUGAAACAGGCAUCGUCGAGAAGUUACUUAGCACCUAUGGAUUUAUUCGGUGCUGUGAUCGCCAGGCGAGACUCUUUUUCCAUUACUCGCAGUUCAGUGGGACAGUUGAACACCUUAAGGUGGGAGACGCAGUCGAUUUCGAAAUGACUUUCGACAAAAAAAGUGGCAAACCUAUCGCUGUCGCUGUGGCAAAGCUCUGCAGUGAUCCCACCCUCGGCAUGGGACACCAGCUCGUACAGGGUGUAGUGACGUCAGAACUGAACUCUGAGGGUCGCGAGGGGCGAGUGGCAUACGAGAAUUGUGGAGAGUGUUUCUUUUUCGAGUUCACCAGAGAUGAUCUGGAUCCGGCGGGAGAAACGCCAACACAUGGGCAAACCGUGCAGUUCGUAAUCACGGCAGACGGUGCAGGCAACCUGCAGGCUGGACAAGUACGUCCCCUAACGGCGCACGCACAAACUCCCGCUGCUCUGGGAGCACCACAUCUCGGUCCCCAACAUCAGCAAGUGCCCCAACAGCAGCAGUACGCCAUUGCGACGCCUAUGGUCGGAACCGUGUACCCGGGUGGUGUUGUCUUGCCAGUGGCUACAAUACACGCUACCCAGAUGCCAUUGCUCGGUCACCCACAUGCUCACCAGGUGCCUGUCACUGUCACACCGUUUCCUCCACACGGCGCUCAGGUUAUUCACGUGGUGAACGGGACGCAACCCGCGCCGAUGGUGAACAGCCGCAUGCUAACCGGAUUGAACGGCAACCUGCGCGACAGCGGAAUCGAACAAGCGAUUCCCCAGGCCACUGGCGUCGUCAAGUCUGUCCAACAGCCACAGCAAACGGCAGUUGUAGCUCAAGCCCAUACUACAUCAACAAGUCAAGCAGCAGCAGCAAGCACUCAGCAGCACUUCAGCGGACAAUCGACGAAGCAUCAUCAACAACAACAACAGCAGCAGCAGCAGAACAUCCAUCAGGGUGGCGCUGCAGGCGGGGGCGGCCAAACGUCAAAUAAUCAAAACACAAGUCACCAACAAACACAUCAAGUUCAACAACAACACACUCAACAGUCUCAACAACAACAAGCACAACAACAGCAACAGAAUCAGAAGCAACCGCAGCAGCAGCAACCCCAACAGCAGCAACCCCAACAGCAGCAGCAACAGGUGGCGGCGUCUGGUUCGCCCUCGCCGCAAAAGGCCCCGAAGGGGAAACGUGGGCCGCGAGGUGGUGAAGCCCAAGAUGACGAUGCCCAACAGGCGAACGGAAACAGCGGUGGUCGCUAUCAGGGCGUCGUAUGUACGCUCAAAGAGACGUAUGGCUUUGUGGAACGUGCCGAUGUCGUCAAAGAGAUUUUUUUCCAUUAUACCGAAGGCUAUCAAGGCAUCUCGUUAGGUGAUGAUGUUUCCUUUGACAUUUCCAUGAGGAAUAAUCGGGAGGUGGCCGUUAACCUACAACGUCUUCCUAGCGGUACUGUCGUCUUCGAGGACCUUGAAAAUUGUAUUCGCAGAGGUUGGAUUUCGAAAUUACCUAAUCAGACAGAGGAGCCCCUGGACGGGCGAGUUAAGUAUGAAGACAACGGUGGUACUGAGAAGGAGGUGGGCUUCGGUGACCGGGAUUUGGCGCCGCUCAUGUGGACAGUGCAAGUCGGUGAUCCAGUUGACUUUCAGCUGGCGACUGACCGUCGUGACGGGUUGAAGCGAGCUACUAAUAUUACAAUGGCUGUGACUGCGCCAACGGCGUUUGCGAAAGAGAAUCGUUUGUCAGGUACUGUUGUCGCGCUCAAGGAGAACUUUGGCUUCGUUAACUCCGAGCAAGGCAAUGUCGAGUACUACUUCAAGCUCAGCGAAGUUCUCGAUCAGGAAAUUCGAAUUGACACUACUGUACAAUUCUCGCUUGCAGCCGACCACAAUGGCCAAAGGCAGGUCGCCAUACGUUUGUGCAAAGUGCCGACGCCGGGUGGACAGACCCAAUCAAAUAAAAAGAAAACUAAUAGCAAGAAUGCAUCUGUCAACAACAGCGCCAAGUUUACUCAUCGCGGUUACAUUGUGGCAUUAAAGGAGCAAUUUGGCUUUAUCGAAGCUGAAAACCGGCAGGAGGAUCUAUUCUUCCACUACUCGAUUUUUGAAGGCGAUACGAAGGAUAUGAAUGUUGGCAGAGAAGUCGAGUAUGGCCUAUCGACAAAAAAUCAACGCCAGUGUGCCGACUGUGUGCGACCCCUUGAGCGUAAUACCGUGCCCGGCAUAGAACUAGUAUCAAAAGAUGUUUACGCCGGUAAAGUUGUGCGCUCGUUGCGAUGCUUCAACCCCGACCAAGAACCAUAUUGUGGCCUCGUACAGCUAAAGCCUUCACCCGAAGAGGCCAAGGAGACGGACGAAGCUGACCCGAACGCCAAUGGGGAUUCUGACACGAACAGCAAGGAAACUCCCGCCGAGUACGAAUUUAGCGUGAUGUCACUAUCGAAGAAGGGUGAAGUUGUGCACAAAGGAAACUCCGUUUCAUUCCAGUUAGCAGUUUGCAAGGUCACCCAGAAGGUUAUGGCCGUCAACGUCAAAGCUGUCCGAGAAAGAAAGACCGGUACCCUUGGUUCUCUGAAGGGCCAAUUCGGCUACCUCAACUAUGAGGCGGAAAAGGGCGCAGAGCCGAAGAAGCUGAUGUUUUCACUCAGUGAGGUGCGAAAUGGGUCAAACUUGCAGGUUGGCGAUAUCCUGGAGUUCGAUUUGGUGCGCACUGGCCGCAACAACAAACAGGUGGCAAUGAACGUGAACCGCAUCAAGGAGAAGGGGAAGGGUGCUACCCCACGUCCAGCAGCACUUGUAAAUCGGAUUAAAGCAAUGACUUUGUCUGAUGACGGGCCUCGUGUCAUUGCUAUCCGCGCACCAAAAGGACCCGAUGGAUCGCGCGGUUUCGCCCUGUCAUCGGCAGCAGCCGUUCCCGCUGUCGCCUAAGCAACGAGAGAGCUACUCACCGGUGUUAGUUCACGUAAAAACGUAUUAUUAUUACUACCAUUACAAUUAAUACACCCAUUUAGGGCUUACGUAACCUCGCAAGGCUAUGAUUUACGCGUGACAUCGUCCCAAUGCUAUAGCCCUAACUUAAAUAGAUUGUUGGUGCCGUAAAGCUUUUUUCACCGUUCAUCACUAUCUGUAUGAUCACGGCAAGCCAAUUAAUAAAAAGAGAAGUUGUGUUAAUAUCGGAGCGUGAUGCGUAGGAGCGCAACGCUGUCCCCCUAUGCUCAACGUAAUAACGUAUAGGAUAUAUGACUGGGUAGCUUUGAAAAAUUGCGUGAAGGCAGCAGACGAAGACAGGAGAAAGGGAAGAAGGAAUGAAAGAUAAUCGAUUAUUCUACCUAAAAGGCAAACGAGUGAGCGAAGGAGUUUUAGGGCAAACAUAAACGAAAACUGACAUAAGUACUAUUGUUCGCCAUUGUAGGCAGCAAACGCAGGCAGGCAAGCUUGCACGAAGUUAAAAAAAGGGAAGCCUCAAUUUUCAAGUGAUUAUUACCGAUCCCUCAACCGCCAAGUUCGCAGCAAUUGAGCCAGCAUUGAGUGUGAGGAAAAUAGCGCAGACACUGCGAGUCAAAAACAAUUGUAGGCUUUUAGCGGCGGCACGGGGGAGACGUUUUGCCAAGCUAGGAGUGGGUUUAAAUUUAAAGAAAUGAAUCACUUUUACUUACUUGCUUACUGCCUAAACACAGCCUGCAGGGAAACAUAGACAAUUUUCAAUGCCUAAUUUCGGACCUUAUAAUUUGCUGAAUAUAUUUCCCGCUCGAUGAUGUAUGCAAUCCCAGAGUCUCAAAUAACCUCUGGCAUCAUAUACUGGAAAGACAAUACUGACGCAAAUUGCUUUGGCAACUACCGUAGAAGAUAGUGUAAGAAACUAAAAGUAAAAUGAAAGCGAAUUGAUGACUACUUAUAGCCGAUGUGGCCCGGGCCAAUGUAUGUGCUCUAUUUACUCUGCUUUUGUCUCUGGCCCGAUGGCCAGGCGUUUAUAGAUGAUAUACUGUAAGAGUACUACUUCUAGCAGCAAUUGAUAGUCCUUCCAAGGCCUACUGAUAAUAAUGAUCACGCCCUUUUGGCUUUUUUCAUAUUCCUGUUCAACUUCGAUUGAUGAACGUUGAUUUUGUUGUUACUUCCACAUUUACUGCAAUUUGAACCAUUGCUACAAUAAGAUUUCGAACCAUCUAUUGUUCUACGAUAAUGACAAUGAAGAAUGUUUGAUGAUAAUUGAAGUUUCUAAUAACAAUACUUUUUUUAGCACUCGAUAAUAGUGAGUGAGAGAUGGUCGAUUGGCAAUAGCAGUUCUGUCGACACACCAUAGUAGUACUGAACGAUCUAUUCAUCUUGAGUAAUGGGUAAUAAUUAAUAACCAUGAGAACUUUAAGUAUAGCAGCAGUUACGAGAGCAUAAAGGAAAGAAAAAAGCCGACAAAGAGAAUAGAGAAAAAAAAAAGCAAAGAAGUAACAUUGCAAAAGACCUAUAACCGAAUUUUGAAGUUCAGAACAGAAAAAUGCGCAUGCAAAACACAAGCAAGCAAACCGAGCAACAAAGCCAGGAAGCAGACAAUUGCAGUUAUAAAGAAAUCACAAAGACAGAGCAGGAGGCGCUAGCUAAAUCAACGUAUCUCGAACACGCCGGAUAGAUGGGACAAAAUAAAGUAAAACAAAAAAAAACAGGCCAGAAAA